UUCCAAAGGGCUUACCAGUACACUGCCACUCCCUACCCAGCAUGGUUUUCGUCUGUGUCCAUAUUCUUAACGCCGUUCAUUAACAGAAAGAUUCUUUCUCACAGAGUAAAAGAGAAUAAAGCUACUACCAAACUCAUGAUACCUGUUGGAACUUUCAGUUCUAUUUUCUAUGGUUCUGCGUUUGCUCUUGCAGGCUUUAUAAUCCAGGAUGGAGAUGUGACCAAUGGUGCUGGUUUCACGUUUGUGUGGUCGACAUUAUAUUUGCUAGUUCAUGGAAGGAAGUCACUUGCUGGUCUUCGCUAUGGACAGCCAUGGCCUUUGUUUUUGGCAACAACUCUUGCUGGAAAUGCCAUUUUGCAUGGCAGGCGUUUU